AUAUUGACACGAGUAACUUCGAGUAUCGGGCGUGCGUGUGUGGUACCACAAAACGAGGAACUUAUCGCCUCUCUACCAGUGUCUGAAAAUCUGCCGGCGCAUCUAUAUGCUCAACUCACCAAGAAUUAGCAUCUGCCCAUCAAUACGAUUAUUUCUGAAGUAAUUGCUGAAUGAAAGUGAUCAGUGUCCUCACCAAAUUUGGAAAUUUCAAAUUUAAAGUUGAAAUUGAGAUAUAACAGCAGUUUAAUAAUAUUUUGAGGAAGAAAUGGCAGAAGAAUUUGAAUCGAGGUGUUUCUAUGAACUUAUACAAGAACUGGAAAGCAAACAAGACGAUACAAACCUCUUUAAGAUAUUAACCGCUAUUGAAAGCCGUAUAAUGUGCAACUCAUACGAAAAGUUUGAGUUUAUACACAAUAAUUGCUUGGAAUACGUACUGAAGGCGUUAGAAACGAAUGGGAAGAAUAUAAUCUACGUUUCGUUGAGCAUUAUAGAGGAUACUCGUCCUCCCAGAUUUUCAGCGGAUUUUAGAAUUUUGACAUCAUUAACCAGAUUGAUGGAGCGAUAUCCCGAAGAAACUUCAAUCAAUGAGAAAAUAUUUCAUACUCUUGCAAAAAUGUGUGAGAAUAAUAAGGAGUUUGCUUACAAAAUCACAAGUGUAUAUCCCGAAUUUGUGAAACGUGCUUUGAUGUUUUUGAAAAUGGCUGCGAGUGAAACUUGUUCUGAAACUGCUCCUGACACGACGUUACUGUUUUUUAGAUAUCUUUUAAACCCCCGUACGGUUUCGGCUCUCUUCGGAUCCUUCAAGGCGAUGAAUGUUCUGUGCUCCGUAUUCAUGAAGGUCACCGCGGAGUGGGAAAAGACCGGCGCCAAGGAGGAUUUUUUGAAGGAAAUCAUCAAAACGUUGCGAUACUUUUUCCGCUUCAACAAGAGUUACAAUAUUUUUUUCAAAAUGAAGAACAUCGAAGGAAAAAAGUGCUCAACGUUUCUUAUCAAAGUUUUACUCCUGUCUCCAAAGCAUACAGUGGAAAUCGUUAAACACAUUUUGGAUCCUACAAAUGAGCGUGAAUUGAUGAUUGGGGGAAUGUUUGAUAUUCUAAUUGAUAAAUUGUCGAAUUCAGACAUGAGAGAAUCAACAUUUGAACUACUAACUUACGUCGAGAGUCUCUGUAAGAUUCUUGAUCACCCUUUCAAAUAUAAUAAGGAAAAAAGCAGGCAGUCCAUCAAAGUGUUGGUCAAAGUCAUAGAAACCUUCAACUAUACUUCCAAGAAGGAAAUACUCUGCCUCCACUUCAUUGUCGUGGCUUUCAACUGUUCGAAUAAUGAAUUCAUGGAAGAUCAAUUAGACUGCAAUGUUAUUCCAUCUCUGACUAAUAGUCUGCGUCGUGCCUUGGGAAUACCGAAAGAGCUAGAGUUUCAACUUGUAGAUGUUUUUUCACUAAUCAAUCGUCUAGGCCGUGACACAAUAACGUACGAUGAAUCUGCGACAAAUCAAGACGACGAGGCUACCAACGCUCCUGACGAGGGAGACGAACCUGGAUGGGUCACUGAUGGGACGCUCGGCGUUGGUAUGUAUGAUGGAAUAGCAGUUUUGAGGCAACAUCUUGUUGCGGCUACAAUGGACCUGAUCCAUUCCUACCUCGAAAUCAAUCCCGCCAAUCUUCAGCUCGGCUCGAAAGAAUUAGUCAUCCUCAUGAUGCAGAGUAUUCUAUAUCUUCCAAACAGGCGUUGCGACCACGAGGAAACAAUCGUACAUCUCCUGCACGAUAUUCUCAAUUGUCCCAGCUACCUCACCCCUUUGAUCCAGGCCAAUAUUAUUGGUCAAAUUUAUGAACUAUUUGUAGAACCAACCUCAGUCUUGUCCUACCCUCUUGAAAAUUCGGCGAGAUUUCUUCUACAGUGCUUUUCAAACGUAACAAAUUCGGAGCCAGCCCAUGGAAGUUUCGAGCUAGCUUUGAUGAAGGGGGGCGAACAUAUGAGAACCCAGGCAGCGUUGGUCUUUCCAUAUAUGAUGAAGUAAGUAUUUUUGCCAUUCAUUCCGAAGAAAAAUGAGAGUUUCAUGUCUCACACUUUUCGAAA